ACAAUAACAAACUCGAAUCCAUAGACGACGGUGUAUUUGAAGGAAUGCCGGAUCUAGAAACCCUUACGCUACAAUACAAUCCGCUCAUCUGCGAUUGCCAGCUGCGAUGGCUUAUUGAGACAGUACAGGACAGCCAGUCCAAGCUCAAAGUGCGAGACGCCGUGUGUGAGGUGCCCGCACACCUGCGGGGACGUAACCUAGUGAACGUUACCCAAGCGGAUCUUAACUGCAGCACGCAGGCAAACGAUUUCAACGAAUGCGCGCCCGACCCGUGUAAAAACGGUGCCACGUGCACCAAUCAUCGGUAUGCGUACUCAUGCACGUGUGUAACUGGUUGGAAGGGAAAUAACUGUGACCAAGAUAUCAACGAAUGCGACCCUAAUCCGUGUAAGAACGGCGCAACGUGCAAAAAUCUUCAGAACGCCUACUCUUGUGUAUGCUCACCGGGCUGGCAAGGCAACAACUGUGAUCAGGAUAUCAACGAAUGCGACCCAGCUCCGUGUAAGAACGACGCAACGUGCAAUAAUCUUCAGAACGCCUACUCUUGUGUAUGCUCACCGGGCUGGCAAGGCAACAACUGUGAUCGGGGGGCGUCAACAUCUCAAGCCCCGGAAUCAAAAUCAACCCCCUCAUCGACUACGGAAUCGUCGACAUUUGUGUACAUCGGCAUUGGGCUCGGCGUCUUGGUGUCUGUUGUUAUUGUAGCAGUUAUCAUAGCAAAGAAGCGAAGGAGUCGUAAUAUCCCCAGCUAUCCGAUGACAGACCCCCACCACAUGACGCAAUGCGUUCCCUCUCAGGGGGGAGACUAUCAACCACUGGCUGCUCGUGGUCAAAUUGGAAGCGAGUAUGAUCGCAUAGCAGACCGUGGCGUGCUUCCAAGAGAGUAUGAUGACAUAGAGAUCACAGAGACGAGCCUUCAGUCUGACGUCCCACAACACAGGGCAACACUAGCAGCAAGGACGAUGGGGGGAGACUAUCAACCACUGGCAGCCCGUGGUCAAAUGAAAAGCGAGUAUGAUCGCAUAGCUGACCGUGAUGAGCUUCCAAAAGAGUAUGAUGACGUAGCGAUCACAGAGAUGAGCAUUCAGUCUGACGUCCCACAAUACAGGGCACCACUAGCAGCAAGGACGAUGGUUACUAAAACGAAGGACUGAAAAGCUGUCAAUUCAACUGAAACCAAAGGACAAGCCGUAGCCGUAACGUAAAACGAGUGUCACUUGCAACAUAACACCAGUUCCAACAGAGCUUUCAACUGGUAUACAUGCUACGCUUAAAAAAGAUUAUAUAUUGUUAAAGAUAAACAUAACAAUAUUUUACUUAUUUACAUUCGCAUAUAUAAAUUAUGUAUCACAAUAACAAUACCAAAUUAACACUGAGUUUUGAGUUUUAAAAACAUGUUUAGAAAAUUUGUAUUCUCUCAAACAGGAACUGUUUUUUGAUGUUUAAGACUAAUGUUGUGUGCGCGUUUUUCCUUAAUGUCCUUACAGGAUAUUCUACCAAUAAAAUAUUUAUUUGACGCUUCAAUUUCGUGAUUUCUGUUUAUAUUAUGUUUAUUCUUGAUGUACAAUAACGCUGUACACUGUGCAUGUAUAUUGAUAUAUUUACGUUAAUCGCAAUGCUAUUCGGCAAAAUACUAAGUUUUAAGUUUUAAUGACGAGUUCAGUUUACAGCCGUCACAGUUUGAAUUGAUGAAUUUCUUCUAUUGAUAGAAUGCGAUUUUAGCGCACUAAUUUGCCGGAUAAUGUCAACAAUCAAGUUUAAAACCGUUUUUUUUUAAGUUAACAGACUGUUGGCUUAAUAUUGGUAGUCCGGGAUGUGCUAAAUGUUGGGCACAAACAAAAUCAUAUGGCGUUACAAAUGAAUUCAACCCAUGUCAAUUCAUUUUAAAAUCACAUACCGUAGCAAGUAUACUUAUUUCAAUGAAACUACCAGUGUUGAACAACAUGGACCAUCGUUGUUUGUUAUUUCCACUGAAAAUAUUUUUUUUAGAAAUAUGUAGUUCCACAGUUCCGUUACAAUUUUUAGCAAUUUUGCCAAUAACUAUUUUGCUGUUUUUAUACGCUUGAAUGACCUUUUUUCCGUUUCUUUAAUAAUUUAGCCUUUAAGUAGUAUAACGAGGAUACAUACCCGACUGAAUCAAAUUCAGUCGUGUUUUAAUAUUACAAAAUAUUACUUACGACUGAUGGAGUAGUUUGCUUUUGCAUGAUGUGUAAAUACAUAGAUUGCUUUGAGAGUAUUUUAAUACCGCGUUAUCUUUUUGACAUGCAUGAUAUUGUUACUUCUGGAUGAAUGCGUUACGCGGUAUUAGAAGUGUUAAUAUUUACAUGCUUGUAUUGUGAUAAAAAAAAUUAACUGCAUAUAAUGUUUCUGUACUUCGAUAUUAUUUAUUGUAGAAAUCUACAAACUAUAAAUCAUGAGCAAUUUAUAUAUUUCUUUGAUAAAUGGACUGUAUAGUGUACGCACAUUGCAUGCAUAUAUUUCUCUGUUCCUUUUUACUUAAAAAAUGAAUAUAGUUCGAAUAUAUCUCGAAGCUAGUUUUUCGUUAGAUUUCUGAAUAUAUGUUUCGAUGUUAUUUAUCAUUGAGAUAAAUGAACUGGUACAUUGCAUUAUACUGUCUUUGUUAUAUAUCAUUUAGGCAUACAUUGACUGUAUAUUGAGAGAAUCGAUUUCGAUAUUAUUGGUUAAUGAGAUAAAUGAUUUAUAUCGAACCGAUGUACUGGAUAUAUAUAUUAAUUUAAUGAAUUUAUAUAUAACGUAAGUAUUUAGAUGUUUUCCUGAUGUAAAUCUAUGUACAUUUUUGUUGGCUCAGUUUUCCUGAAAUGAAUCAACUACUGAGUACAUGUGUUUUGAUUUUGUUUAGUUUUUGUUUUUUUACAGAAAUAACAUUAUAUUGUGAACAUGUAUUUUGAUUUUUUAUAUUACAUAACUGUAUAACUUUCAAACGUAUAUUGUUGGUUCUGACAUAAAUGAAAUGAAUAUUGUGUACAUAUAGUUUUACUGUAUCUUUUCCUUCAACUAUUAAAUUACUGUGUAUUGAUCACAUGUAUAGAGUAGUGGUUUUAUUUUCCCGGAGAUGUGAUCACUGUAAAUGAUCCAAAUGUAUAUUGAUUUUAUUUUUUUCCGGUUUUAUAAGUAUGGGAUAUUGCUCACAUACAUUUUGAUUUGGAGGAGAUACAUCAAUUGAAGUGUGUGCCCAUGUGUGUGGAUCUUAUAUGUUCAUGCUAUAAACGAACAUGAGCUGUUUUGAGCAAAUAUAUUUAGUUAUCAUAUUAUAAUAUAUUAUUUAGAUGUAUGCAUUCCUUAUUUAAAUGAAUGAGAAUAGUGCGCAAAUGUAUUUCGAUGUCGUUUUAAUACCUGAUGUAAAUGAAUUCCGUAAUGUACGCAUGCACUAAUGUAAGAUUGUGUUUCAAAAGUCUUGAAUUACCUUUGCGUGUAAAUUAUAUUGCUUAUAUUGGAGAUGUAUUUCUAUUUAUAAUCCAUCGUUUUUGCUAACAUAUUUGCUCGGGUUUUACAUACUAAAUUGUUUGAUUGGCAUUGACCAUGAACUGCAUGAGUUUUUUUUUGAUAAGCUAUUACUUUUACUGGGAACAACACAUACACUUACACUUACAGUACGUUCAAUAAUUGUUUACAAAUGUUGAAGAAGUUAUGUGUUUACCUUACAUGACUAUGUAGCGUAUACAUAUUUUUGCCUUUCGCUUCUUUUAGAGGUUUGAAAUAAAUAUUAAUCCUCAUACUAAAUACUGAGAUCAAUGACUUCAUUUAAAGAAACCGCUGUAUAUGCAUUUGACUGAUCGACUGUCUUAAUUUUAAUAAUCUCACGAUUUAAUUGAAAGCCUGGAAAAAAUAAACAAUAAAAUGUUAUUAUUAAAAUUAUUAUAUAAUAGUUAUUAUCCUAUCUUCAUCAAAUUCAACUUACUAAAAGUAAACAAGCACUGUCCUAGUCAAAUUCGAACAUUUGCGAUAAAAAGGCUAAAGGUGUUAUCUAUAAGAGUGUCACUUUAAUUUGUGCGAUGUCAAAUAAAUUAAGAGUUAAAAUUAAUCAUAACUUAUUGGACUCUCCACUUAAAAGCAAUUGGUGAUAUAAUAAAAUUGUUCGUUAAGGGCUAGCACGUCAAAAUAUUAAUACAAACACGCUUCGACCGCAGCCACUAAUAAAAAUGUUGUUGAAUCAAAGAUUUAAUAAUUUGAAAAAUAUUUAGUUUGACGUCGAAGUGUUAAUGGCCUAUAUAUAUAGUUCCGUGUUAUGAAUUACUUCUAUUUUCGGAAGAACGAACGAAGUAGUUCUCACGAACUGUCCAAAUCCCAUCUUGCGUUCGCUCGUAAAUGUUCGGGAUAUUCACAUGAAAUAUAUUGUCACACACACAAAUAAAAACGAGCAUUUUGUAUCUCGUUAAAUCUAUGUUACAAGAAUACAUAUAUCGUUAAAAUCUUGGCAGUUGCUAUAAAGAACACUGAUUUGUUGAAGGUUAAAUUUAUUUUUUUGAAAUAUUUUGCGAAAUAUUUGUUGAUUUUGAGUAUUUAUGUUGCUUUACUAUAUCUUUGUUUGAAUAUGCUUGAGUGUUUUUUUUUUUAGUUAUUCCACUUAAAUUUACAAACAAAAAUAUAGUUACAAACACAAUUUCGAGUUACAAAAUGGGCUGAUCUGUGUUUUUGGCUAGUUGGCUGUCCGAGGGGAUAUUUUUUUAACGGAUACUUGUUCUUAUUUCAUUUCAUCACUCCUCAAAAAGUUUCAAGUAUUUUACUAUGGGUCACCUUAACAAUUGAGUAAUUUAAUUGGAAUAAAAUCAUAUUAUACGCUUUCAUUGGUUUUCAUUCUUAAUCACGAUGAUAUGUGGUUAAUGUUAAUGUAUGUUUACACUAUUAUCGUGUUUGAGUAAUUUUGGACUAAUUGUGUUGUUCAGCUAUUCAUGAACCGGUUUAAACACCCAAUGGUUGCAAUGGUCGUUCCACGGCGGUAUCUCUAGUUUUAAUCAUGUUUUGUGAUUAAUAUUUUAUGUUAUGUAUUUUAUUGUAUAGCAUAACCAAUUGGUCAAAUGCCUAAAAUUAAAGACAAGCGGACACGAAGCUCUGUUUAUGAUUCUUGAGUUUCAUUGUAUCCAUAUAUUUUAUAAACGAUGAUUAAUCGCAUUACGUCUUGAUUUCUUUGUGAAACUACAUAAAACUGAUCUAGCUCGAUAUUCUCUGGGAUUAUUAAUGCGAGACAUAUUUUUGCUUAAGUUAGAGACUACUUUAAGGUGAAAUGGUAUAAACUCAAUAUACUUUAUGCAGACAUUUUAUAAUAGUCAUUGAUCAUAAUUCGUAGUCGACAAAACUCAAAAUGGUGGAUACUCAAUAAGAUUAAAAUGGAUUACUGUCAGCCUUCUUGGAUGAAAAAAUGUUCUUCGAAGUUUCUCCACUAAAUAUUAAACUUCAAACGUUUUAUAUAAAACACACACAAUAUAGCUGGACGCCAGUAUUUAUUUUGUUAUGUCAAUAAUGAUUUAAAGUCGCCAUCUUGGGUUUGCUUAAUCUUACAUAACAGCAGUUUCCUUAAAACUGAGCACACUUGAUGAACUCAAUGCAUGGAAGUUUUUGAAAUAAAUAUAUUAUUGAAAAAGGUCAAAAUGGAAGACUGGUGGCCAUUAUGUAUUGCUUUUAGGAUCUGUUUUAUUGUGUGAAGAGUUACAUACAAUUUCAUACGGUUGAUAAACAUAACGCGUGCAAGUGUUCGACGUAAAGAUUCCACCAAAACACAAGCCAGGCGACUUCUUUCUAUCUUAAAUUGUUUAAAGAGGCAAAUUUAUCAAGUUAACUUCGUUAACAUUUUUUGAAUGAGUUUGAUUCAAAUCAAAGUAGUUGAUUUACACGGUAACUUUAUUUAUGUAUUUAUUUAACUGUAUUUCGAUAAAAGUAAACUUGCAAAAUUGCCGUCUGGUGGUUAACUAUAGUUUUCAUUGGAUAUUAGCACUGUUGUAUGUGUAGUACACACAUACUGUAUAAUUAUAUAUAAUUGUUUUUGUAUGUUAAGCUUCAUUGUACUUUAAUGGAAUUUAAUCAUCCUUACAGUCUUUUUGCAGUUUUGCAUAUUAUGUAUGGUACAUACUGGCGUAUGGCAAUAACUAAAUAGCUUUAUUCUAAUAUUUCAUUAGUAAUUUAUACUUGUCAUCAUACAACUGAAGGUAUACACUUGAAUAUAUUAUACGAAAUGGUAUCAUUUAUCGGUUACAUAGUAUAGAUAUGUAUACAAUAAAAUGUAGCCAUGCACUGUUCUUCGAAUCUAUCUUUAAUUUUAUGAUAUUUUUUCCGACACGUACGGUUUGAACACAGCGCAGUUACUCUAUGUGAUAGUAUAUCUUCUUUGCUAUCGCGUGCUCUGAUUUUUCUUGUUGCUGAUUUUUUCUUUCCACGCCAGAUGACUCUUAUUCCUCACCGUUUCUAUCACUUACCUAACAGAUUGGUUAGAUAAAAAUAAACCGUAUUUCUUUAUGAAAUGUUGAGUUUAUAUACUGUACAUAAUGUUUUGUAUAAGAUGCUUAAGUCCCUCUUGACCGUAUUGAAUGUCUAUAUUGAAAUAAUUAUGUACAUUUUGUUUAAAGCGACUAUGAAAACAAAAUUCGUCCAGCUGUAGAAGAAACAUCUUAAAACAUAAAGUUAAUAACGCCAUCUUACAAAUGACUAUAAUAAUGAACAUAUAAUUGAAAUAACUAUAACUUUCUGAGAAUGAACAAAACAACGUAGAUCGUGUGUGUUGGCUUUUCUUUGUUGUUUAACAUGUGUAAUUUUUUACAUCAUCCGUUUUAUUUAUAUUUUAUUUAUUGUUCAUUUGUUUAGUUUUUUGUCCCCUACCGAUUACACCGGAGGGGACUUAUGGUUUGCGCUCUGUGUGUCAUUUAUGUCAGAACCAACAAUAUCCGUCAGUCUGUUAGUCCGUCAGUCUGUCACACUUUUCUGGAUCCUGCGAUAACUUUAAAAGUUCUUCAUAUUUUUUCAUGAAACUUGAAACAUAGAUAGAUGGCAAUAUGGAGAUAAUGGACAUAAUUUCAUUUGUCCCUACGUCAAGAAUUCUGGUUGUUAUGGCAACAAAUAAAAAAAUAUGUCAAUGGUGGAGUUUCACCGGUAGGGGACCAUAUUGCUUUGCAAUCUCCUGUUCUUUAUGUGUUUAUAUAUUCAUUUAUUAAAUGUUCUUAUUAUUAUUUCGACGUUUGUAUAUUUGUUGAAUUGAUGAUUUCUUUAAAGUAUCACAGGUUUUUUGUAAGUCUGAUCAUUCGUUUCGGGAAUAUACUCUGUUGUUAAGAACUCUCAGAGUGGAUGUAUGAAUGGAAUUCUCUCCUACAGUAUAUUACAGUAUAAUAAAAAUAGCCUCUUA